AUGGAUCCGCUUACAUAUCUGUCUACAGUUACAAGUCGUGUUUCUACAGAGCAGGAACACGUUCCUGACCACAAUAAAGGCGACCUGGCACAACAAUUGAAUGAUGAGAUGACACGAGCUGUUCUACCGGUUACAGUUUUUGUUGGAAUUGAAGUGUUUGCAGCGUUCUUUGGGAACCUACUUGUGAUAUAUGUGUUCCUGUUUCGGUAUCAUGUUUGUAACUUCAGAUACUUUGUGCUCUGCUUGGCUUUCACCGACAUCACGAGCAGUUUAACCACAAUGCCGGGAGAGAUGGUAACACAACUAUAUUGGUACGUGUAUCCCGUGCCACAAGUGUGCAAAAUCAAAUCAUUCUUUAAUGUGUUCACUGUAUCCGCUGAGGCACUGUGUCUUCUAACCAUUGGUGUGGACCGUUAUUUGAAAGUGUGUCGACCACUAGGUUGGCAAAUAAAGCCUAAACAUGCAAAAUAUGUAUGUGGAAUUAUAUACGUUAUAGCAUUUAUAUUUGCUGUGCCUGUGUAUUUCUUCUGGGGGACUCAUACCGACGAGAAGACCUACAAAAACACGACAAUAACAGUAACAAUAUGCGAGAAAGACGAAAAAUGGCUGAGGACAAAUCAUCCGCUUCAGUAUUCCGCGACAGUUGAAGUAAUUUUGUCACUGUGUUUGGUGGUAAUGUUUGUUUUGUAUGUGUUUGUUGCCAGAACACUUCUAAUGAAUAAACGGAUACGUUUUCGCGCCUACGGUUUGGGACAACAAUUGCCUACAUCUUCAAAUAAUACAGAGAUGUCUCAGUCUCAAAGUCCGGUAGAAAUAAAUUCAACACCGGAUGUUAGUGAAUCUGACUUCUCCCCAAAAGAAGACAGAAAAUCAAGUAACUUGAACGAGCAGGACGGUGACAAAAACACUGUUGAUAAUGCAGCCAGACGAAAAAGUCGCAAUAAUACUCUUUCUGGAGAAAUCAUUGAUGAUGACCACGAUCCUCGGGAAAAGCAGAAUAAGAUAUUAACUCUUAUACGGCACCUUCACCAAAGCGAAGACAAAUCUCAUCACAGUACACAUCUCGGUGAGAGUGUAAUUGAUAUGGCAGGAGAACUGGCCAAAAGUCUAGAAUUGUCCAGAAUGUAG